AUGAAGGACUGGAGCCAGAGGAAUGAUCCCUCAACUCCGACUGAGCAUCUUCUGCUGGUCCAGCUCCAGAGGUCUUCCCCGGUCUUCGUGGGGAUGGGGGGCUCCGGUGCCGCCGUGAGGCUGCAUGAGUCCAGGAGCUCUCAGGACUCGGAGGAGCUGGACGGACCCCCCACCUCUAAACCGACAAGGUCUCGUCUGGGGAGAGAUGUGCUCGGGUUGUAUCCAGGACAGCUGGGGAGAGUCCACACCGCCCCCCCGCAGCACUGUGGUCUUCACGGGGGAAGGAACCAGCCCCUCGGCGAGUCUCCCCUGGGGGGAAGCUACCAGCCGAGCUUUGACCUUUGCACCCUGAGAGCGCUGACCCCCCUCAAGCCCCCCCCUCCGUCUCCGUCCUGCGGCGGCGGAGCGAGCGGCGCCCCCCUCAGGCCGCCCGCCCCAGAGCAGUUUCGGUUCAAGGUGUGCGAGAGGGCUCGCCAAACAUUGGAGAUGAAGUUGGGGUUGCUCGUUGUUUUGACCGUGGCGGUUCUGGUGCCGAGCCUGUCGGAUGGUCGGACCGUCACGAGAUGCGAGCUGAGAGACAAGCUCAGGGAAGCAAUCAGCCUGCCCAGAAGGCUUCAAAAAUACAAGGACGAAAUCUUGGAAAUGGUUAUCUGUAAGUUGGAAGCAAGUUCCCAUCUGAAGACCGACGCAGUCAAGGCCGGCGCAAGAAAACAAACCACAGAAAUCAAACCGACGAGUGACAAGCCAUUGAUUACCAAGCGGUUGAUCACUGAACCAGCAACUACCAAACCAGCAACUGCCGAGCCACCAACCAGCAAGCCACUGACCCCCAAACCACCAACUUCCGCGCCAACGGGCAACUUGUCUGUCAACAUCAGACGAAAGCGUCAAGUCAUGACUACCGAGGACCCUGAAAUACAAGAGCUGGAGGAAGUGGUCAGCAUUGUAAAUGAAGGCAUGGAAGGCGGGAUUAACGAUGAGGACAAAGAGACUGAUGAAGACCAGGUGGCGCAGGAUGACAUUAUAACCGAUGCUGAGACUGAUGAGGACAAAGUUACUGAUGAGGACAAAGAGGGAGAUAUUGUUGAGGGGAUGGAUGAUAACAUGAUAACCGAUGAGGACAAAGUGACUGAUGAGGUCAAAGGUACUGAUGAGGAUGAGGUGACUUAUGAGGACGAAGAGACGGUUAAGGAAAAAGAGACUGAUGAGGACAAAGAGAGAGAUGUUGUUGAGGGGAUGGAUGAUAACAUGAUAACCGAUGAAGACAAAGAGACUGAUGAGGUCAAAGGUACUGAUGAGGAUGAGGUGACUUAUGAGGACGAAGAGACGGUUAAGGAAAAAGAGACUGAUGAGGACAAAGAGAGAGAUGUUGUUGAGGGGAUGGAUGAUAACAUGAUAACCGAUGAAGACAAAGAGACUGAUGACGUCAAAGUUACUGAUGAGGACAAAGAGGGAGAUAUUGUUGAGGGGAUGGAUGAUAACAUGAUAACCGAUGAAGACAAAGAGACUGAUGAGGUCAAAGGUACUGAUGAGGAUGAGGUGACUUAUGAGGACGAAGAGACGGUUAAGGAAAAAGAGACUGAUGAGGACAAAGAGAGAGAUAUUGUUGAGGGGAUGGAUGAUAACAUGAUAACCGAUGAAGACAAAGAGACUGAUGAGGUCAUAGGUACUGAUGAGGACAAAGAGGGAGAUAUUGUUGAGGGGAUGGAGGACGACGUGAUAACUGAUGAGGACAAAGAAACUGAUGAGGUCAUAGGUACUGAUGAGGACACAGAGGGAGAUAUUGUUGAGGGGAUGGAGGACGACGUGAUAACUGAUGAGGACAAAGACACUGAUGAGGUCAUAGGUACUGAUGAGGACAAAGAGACUGAUGAGGUCAUAGGUACUGAUGAGGACACCGAGGGAGAUAUUGUUGAGGGGAUGGAGGACGACGUACUGAUGAGGACAAAGAGACUGAUGAGGUCAUAG